CUUCUCGUCUAUUUAUUAUUUUCAGCCAUUUCCGCCACUCCAGUCUCCGCGAGCACCAAGAAAACAAAGGGCUGACUGUUAGAGAGAGAGAGAGCUCCGAGCCCAUUGGUAUGCAGCAAAAACAAUGGCGGUAAUAAGGACGAAUUUGACGAAGAACCUUUUCUCAGCUCUCGGCGGCAGGAUCCUCAAUCCCCUGAGAUCCGGACACGGCGGCUACUCUAAUCCGUUUCCAGCUGCGGCGGCCUAUUCCUCCUCCGCCGCCGCCGCUCUGGAAACUGCGGUGCCGGAGCCAUUCGACCUGUUGGGAGUGAAGGAUUACGAGGAUUACAGGAGGUCUCUGUACGGCGACGUCACUCACAAGGCUCUCCUCGUCGACGCCGUCGGCACUCUCGUUGUUCCCUCUCAGCCAAUGGCUCAGAUAUACAAACAAAUUGGGGAGAAAUAUGGAGUGGAUUGCUCUGAGGAUGAGAUACUGAAUCGAUACAGAAGGGCUUAUGAACAGCCAUGGGGCAGAUCUCGUCUCAGAUAUGUUAAUGAUGGCAGACCAUUCUGGCAACAUAUAGUCACUUCUUCAACAGGCUGCUCGGAUCUCCAGUACUUUGAGGAACUUUAUAACUACUACACAACUGAUAAGGCUUGGCACCUCAAUGACCCUGAAGCUGGGAAAAUAUUUGAUGCCAUUAGGAAAGCUGGUGUUAAGGUGGCUAUUGUGUCCAAUUUCGACACUCGGCUGAGACCUGUCCUGCGCGCCUUAAACUGUGAUCAUUGGUUCGACGCUGUAGCAGUUUCAGCUGAAGUGGCUGCAGAGAAGCCUAAUCCGACGAUAUUUCUAAAAGCGUGUGAGCUCUUGGGAGUUGAACCUGAGGAUGCUGUUCAUGUGGGGGAUGACCGUAGGAACGAUGUAUGGGGAGCAAGGGAUGCUGGCUGUGAUGCAUGGCUUUGGGGGAGCGAUGUACGGUCCUUCAAGGAGGUUGCACGAAGGAUAGGGGUGCGAGUCUAAAAAAGUAAUCCGCGUGACACGAGGAGGUCACAAAUGUACAGGAGGGUUUGCCUUUAGCUACUACCUCUUAGCCCAUCUUUUUCUGUUCAUAGGAAGAAGCUUUGUUUGUUGUACAGCGACCGUGUAUUGUCCUCUGUUCUGUAGUUGUAGUAUGUAGAUAUUUCAAGGCAAGCAGAAGCUGGAAAGAGGCUUGUUAUUAUAGGCAUGAAGGCAGAGACUGCUUACAACCUUUGAAUAAGAUAGGCAUUAAGCAUUAUGUAUAGUGUAAAUGCUCAGCUCAUUUUGACUAUUCUAAAAAUAUUUCUACAUGAUGGGCCUUGUUAAUCUGACUCUGGGCCUCUGUUGAAGCCCAAUCUCCUCUUCGUUCCAGCGGAGGGAUCACCGGGGGCGCUCCAGCCCAUUUUUUAAGCCUGUAAAGUUGGAUUUGAGCCUUUUUCUGGGGUAGUGUGAACAGAAGGAAGAUACCUACUCGACGGAGG